GUCUCUUCGCAGAGCUGCUUUUCGAGCCGCGGCACGCGCCAUUCUCCUGUUUUUCAGCUGGUGGCGUCUGGGCGCGCAUUCUGUUACCAGUGCCGUUUCGUCAGAGGGUUGUGUUGCAGUCGUUUACCAUUUUGUUUGUGUCAAAGCUUCUUUAACGGAACGGUGAGGAAUCUCACAGGGUAUUCCGGACAGCUUCCUUGCAGUUUGACUGCCGAACCACAAUGAUAACAAGGAGGAGACGCACUGUGAACCACACAGCGGUUCAGCCCCUGGAAGUUGAAGUGGUGGAAACUGUCAAAAAUUUCUCCAGUCCAUCUGACAGUUUCCCAUCUGAAGAUGUUGACAACGCUGGAUUAGAACUAGAUGACCUGUUUGGAAUUGAAGACUUUAAAUGGACACUUGAAAGAGAUACCGCCUCCUCGCUUUUUGAUAUUGAGUUGGCCAAUCUUGGCUUCAGUGCCAAAGACCAAGAUUCCGAGAUUGAGGCUUCAACAGCAUCAUCUCCAGAUAGAACGUCGUCCGACUCAAGGAUCAAGAAGAGGCAAAGCCACUCAAGCCACAUGAUCAACAAAAACGCCGUUGCUGCUAGAUUAAAUCGCCUCAGGAAGAAAGAAUACGUCAACAGUUUGGAGAAUAAAGUGGGCGUCCUGUCAUCAGAAAACAACGUGCUCCGGCAUGAAAAUUCUCAACUGACAAAGCGAGUGGAAGAGUUGGAAGAUGAGACCAGGUACCUGAGGGCUGUGCUGGCCAAUGAGAGCAUGUUAGCCCAGCUCUUGUCCAGACUGAGCGGUGUGAAUGGGAUGAAAUUAUCUUCCUCGCUUUUCCAGGCACCCAACGCAAACGACCACGACUACGCCAUGCCCAGAAAGCGUGUAAAAGUGGAGGAGAAAGAGACAGCAUGUGGCGUGUGUCUGCACGUGGACAAGAACCACGUCUCAGUGGAGUUCUGCACCAAAUGUGCAGAGAGUGCAAGCACAUCGCUCAAAAUGUAGGGUCAAGUACUUUUCUGUUUUCAGAUAUUGCGGCUGAACUUUACCCAACGUCUUGAGGGUGGAUCAACACUGUUGAACUAGUUAAGAUUACCUCAGAACUGCUGAAUGUGCAUGUGUUUUAGUGUAAUGAUGAUUUAAGUACACGUUACUGCUAAACCUUGUUGACAGUUUCUUCUAGGUAAUGGUUGAUGCACCAUGCGGGAUGAGUGGCUUUCUGAACACCUUUACCUCCUUGACUCCAUGUGGAUUCUGCUGGGGGAAGGUGAAGAGGCUGGACAAGCUGCUGCCAACGUUGCCUGGUAUUUUUUUAAAAGGUAGUAUUGGUAACAAAUGGUAUGCGUGAUCAUAUUUCAUUCUCAACGUCUGUAGCUUUUGUCAGCGUAGCAAAUUGAGCAUUUUGGGGGGCUUGACUACAGCUGCUCAAUUACUCCUGAUGUGAUGCUAUCCGAUUUAAUAGUUUCAUUAUGUCUUGUAUAUAUUGACUCACUGGAAUGUGUACAGCAAAUACAUCCCAAAUUAUCUGAUUUAAGUGGUGAAACAGCCAUCUUUGUAACUUUGUGUAUAUAACUUGAAUACAUAUUGUUUGAGGCAAAUGAUGUUGGACAAAUAAAUCAUAUUUUCAUUAAGUUUGAGUAA